GAUUUUGUGUACACAGGCUUUUACUUCGUAAUAGAAUAAAUGCAACUGUAUGUUGCACAUUUUCUCAUUCGCAAUUUAAGUUCGUGAUUCUUAUUCAACAUAAUGAAGAUUGCUAUUGUUCUCAUCUGCUGUGCUUUGGCUUUUGCCACUGCAUUUGAAGAUGAAUUCGACUUCGAUGAUGGAUCUGGUGGACCAACAGAAAAAAAGUGCCUUGAGGAAUUAGCAGCCUGCCGGAAAUCUAGCUCUGGAUUAAAUGUUUGCUUGAAAGAAUGGGGAAAAUGCAUCGGAAAGUGCGUUAAAGAUUGCCAUACAAGUCGAAAGACCUGUACUGAGGCUGCUUCGAAUGUCAGAGAACACUUAGCUUGUGGAAAGGCCGUAUUUAAAUGUUUGUACAAAUGCAGACAUUAAAUAAUAAACCUAUGUGAAAUAAACAAA